UAAUCCAAAUCCAAACCGCCCCCGAAAUUAAGCACACCUGCCACGUCUCUCUCUCCCUCGUUGAGCAGCAGAGGCGCCGCCUAUCGCCGCCGCCGCCGCCCGCGACCAGGAGAUUCGGAGGCGAUGGGGCGGGAGGCGGCGGCGGAGGCGGAGGAGCAGCUGCUGCGCCGGAGCCUGCGCCUCUUCGCCGCCGGGGAGCGCUCCUUCCGCAUGGACCGCCUCUCGCCGGACGCCGACGCCCUCCGCGCCGCCGUCGCCGACGUGCUCCCCCGCUUCCUCGGCAGCUACACCGACGACAUCCUCGCGGAAUACAUUGUCAUUCUAGUCUGUAAUGGGAAACACCAGUACCAAGCACGUGAUGACUUGGAGGCCUUCCUUGGUGAUGAUAGUGCAAAAUUUGUUUCAUGGCUUUGGGGUUACCUCAGUAAAAAGGCUUUAACAUUGGCUGACAAUUCUAGCAUCCAGCAUGGUCUGACAAAUGAGAUCCGGAACCGUAGUACCAAGAAAAAUCUUCAGGUUUCCUGGGCCGGAUCGGUUGCUGCCAGUUACCAGAAUUUACCGGAAAUCAUUUCAAAUACAAAUAAUGGUUACCGGCUGGUCAAUUCAGAUAUCUCAUCACCUCAAGAGCAUCAUACUCUUCAGAAGCAUGACUCAACUGAAGGACAAAAUGUGGCCCGACGCCACAUUAGCUCGACGGUUACUGUUACUCCUGAAAAGUUGGUUGACGAUCAAUGUUAUUGGGAGGGCCAACAUCAGAAGAAAGAUCAGAGAUCAUCAAGUGGCAGAAAUUUCUCCACACUGAAGUCUGGUGUAGCUGUAAGGACAGCACAAGCAUUGCCACAAGAUGAACUCCGCCAUGAAGUGUGCAUUGGAAGAAAUGCUUCUGCAAGACGGUUUCCUUUGGCUGUAAGAAGUGAUGAUGUGCUAGAUCCAGAAUCUAUUAAAAAACGUGGCAAUGUUUGGGAUAGGCUAGGAAAGCCUGCCAUAAAGGAUCGUAUUUGUGCUACAGAAGAUGAUGACAUGCAUGUUCAAAAUGGACUACAUAAGAAGGCGAAGUUAAUGGUCACUGAGCAUGAGCUAAGAUGCCGUAUGAACUCAAGUACAGAAGGAGAUUUAUUUGAUAUAGCAAAUUCCAGAAGAUUUCCCAGAAGCUAUCAAGAUGUCAACACAGUACAAGCACAUGAGCACACAGAGAAGUCCAAUAGAAGCAGGUUGAUUGGUCGGAUAAAUUUUGGUGAUAUUGAGCGUAAUCAGCUUCAAGUUAGAGAUGUUAUUCGCCAAAAGUCCAGUCCAAAUUUGCCAGCAAGAAGUGUUCCACUACAAAGUCAGAAUGAAUUCAUAUCUGAAGUGAAGAGCUCAGUAACAGCAGUCUCUGAGUCAGCAUGCCAUGUGAGUAAAUCAACAAAAGGACAAGUACCAGGAUCUAGCAAAUUGGGUCAACUAGCUACACGGAGAAAUUUAGAGACUGAAGUUUUGCAAAGUCAGCAAGUUAGCAGCCCAGCGCAAUCUAAGACAGGAUCUUCUGUACAUGAAGAUGGUGGAAAUUGCUGUAACAAGCCUAUGAAAAAUGAAAUGCUGGAUGUGAAACUAAAGCUCAAACAAGUGGAACUGGAUGUGCUCAAGCUUCGUUCCAAGCAGGCACAGAUAAACAAUGUGAAGCAAGGUUUCCUAUCAUCAGGUCCCCAUGCUAAUCUAGAUGAGGAUGCUGACUCCAGAACUGUUCUCGUGACAAAUGUACAUUUUGCAGCAACAAAGGAAGCAUUGUCAGGGCAUUUUAUGAAGUGCGGCACUGUGCUUAAGAUAAAUAUAUUGACAGAUGCAAUUUCUGGGCACCCUAAAGGGGCUGCAUUUGUUACUUUCACUGACAAGGAAUCUGUUGAGAAGGCAGUAUCAUUGAGUGGGUCAUCAUUUUUCUCAAGAGUUCUAACAGUAAUGCGCAAAGCCGAAGCACCUCCAGGUUUUCUGGCAUCUGUUCAACCGAUCGGGAGGCCUCUACAGUCAUGGAACUCACCACCCAUCCAGAAAGGGGUGAGUCCAAGGCAGAUCCCUGGUUAUCACCUCCAAUGGAAACGUGAGCAAUCUGUGCUGGAGAAAUCCCCUGCCAGUUGCCCUACUAACUGAAGAAAACCACAACAAAUGGUCUAGAAGAAAAUAGGCCUACUCUACAUUGGCCUGGCAGUGGACUGUACUUGCAAAUGUACAAAGUUUUUGCUGGAGAAAAAUGGCCAUGUUUGGCAUCUGUUACUAUGCCCACAAAAUACAGGUUUCUUCCAUACAAGGUAUUGAGGGCUUCAAUUGCGGCGAGAUACGUGACAUGGGGAGAGAUUGCUGGCAACGCCAAAUGAAUCUGUUGAUCAGUUUCCGAUUGGACACGUUGUAGCGUAUGCCUGAAAACUGUUUUCUGAACUUCACUUGAGUCUCUUCAUAUCUCUACUGUCACCCUUGUCAAAUGUAAGCAGGGCGGGUAUUCUGAUGAUAACAUGAAAUGAAAUCACAGUUCUGAAACAUUUACAAACAUUUCUAAAAGCAGUAUAUGUAGUAUGGAGUAACAUAUAGGUAAAAGUACAUUGUGUUAAGGUAUAUGAAAAAUUAAUGCUUCCACCUC